AAGACGGGGAGUAUUGUUUCGGUCUGGCAGCACUGAUAUUUUGCGCUGCGGUCUGUCUGGGUUGAACUUUAUUGAUAAGUCUUAUAAUUUUUCAAAUCAGUUUGUCGCGCGUAAUGAUAUCGACUUUUAUUUUUAUUUAACAGUUUCUGUAUAUUGUCGUAUACUAAAGUAUAUUCAGUAAAAUUAAAAGAAUAAUGUGUUAUAUCGGACCAUGACAGAAGUGACGAAAAUUUUAAUGUUCUGUUGUAAAUAAGAAAUCAUAGUUCACCAUGGUGUUCGAAUCGAUUGUGGUGGACGUGCUGAACAGAUUCCUGGGGAGCUACGUGGAGAACCUGAACAGGUCUCAGCUGAAGCUAGGAAUUUGGGGCGGCGACGUCGUGCUUGAAAAUCUUAUACUUAAACAGAAUGCCUUGGAAGAACUCAAUAUUCCUGUGCAGACAGUUUAUGGACACUUGGGAAAGCUGGUGCUUAAAAUUCCCUGGAAGAAUCUGUAUGGCGCAUCAGUGGAAGCAACAGUUGAACGUCUGUUUUUGAUUGUUAACCCUACUGCUGAAGUUAAGUAUGACCGUGAGAAGGAAGAGAAGAUCGAGCUGGCUGCCAAGCAGGCUGAACUGGCGAGGGUCGAAGAAGCCAAGAAGAGAGAGGCGCAAAAAGAUCAAAUUAAACUCGAUGAGACGUUUGUCGAGAAAUUGGCUACCCAAAUAAUAAAGAACGUGCAGCUGAAAAUCAAAGACAUACACAUACGAUACGAGGAUGGCAUUACGAAUCCUAAAGCGCCUUUCUCCUUUGGUAUCACCCUGCACAACUUGUCCGUCCAAACCACAGACGAAAACUGGCAGAAAGCGCUCAUUACUGAUGCCGUUACCAAAAUUUUCAAGAUUCUAGACUUGGAAGGUCUAGCAAUUUAUUGGAACCCUGCCACAGAAGUGUAUUCCCGCUCGGAACCUUUGCAGAUAAAGGAUAGACUAUUAAAUGAGAUUGCGACAAAGUCGUCUAAGCCAGAAUUUUACCACUAUGCUCUGGGCCCAAUAAAUGCAACAGCAAAACUAAAACUGAACCCGAAGCCGGAAGGCGACACGCCUAAAUUUAGUUCGCCGAAAGUGAUCCUAAGUCUACACAUGGAGCAACUGUCAGUCAGCCUAACUAAAGCCCAGUACCAAGAUAUGAUGUUACUGGCAGAUUCUAUGGACAGAAUGAACAAACAAGCCCCAUACAGAAAAUACCGUCCAGAUCUAAAUACAUAUAAACGCCACUACAAAGCAUGGUGGAAGUUUGCGUACACGUGUAUACUCGAAGAAGAGGUACGUAGACGACGCAGGAACUGGGAUUGGACGCAUAUGUUGGAACACAGACAGCUUUGCAAGGACUAUGCGACGGUCUACCAGUGUAAACUGAGUAAUAAGGGCAAAGUCUCCUCGGAACAGCUAUGUGUAUUAGACAAGGCUGAGAAGCAACUCGACCUCCUUAACCUCGUGGUGAUCAGACAGAAGAUUGAAAUGGAGGUUGAACGACUGGGUAAGCUCGAAGAGGAAGCUAAGAAAAACAAAGGUUGGUUCAGUGGUUGGUGGUAUGGCAGUGGCUCUAAAGAAGACGAUUUGGCUGAAGGAACAGCUAUCAUGAAACAAUUCGAAAAGGCAAUGACGCCCGAAGAGAAAGAGAAGUUGUUCCGUGCAAUAGACUACCAAGAGAACUCGGCACCUUUACACUUGCCGAUCGAGUACGUAGCUGUAGAGAGCUAUUUCCAAUUGGAUCGGUUGCAGCUUAGAGUCACUGAUGAGGUCGAAGUGUUGAAGGCUUGUGUCGAUCACGUUGAGGUUGAUAUGAAGCAGCGACCUAGUGCUAAUGCGUUGAGAGUGGAUGUCCAGAUGAAAUCUUUCAGUGUAACUGGGGUGCAGCAAGGCUCGUUUGAACCACAACUUGUCACCUCCAAGGAAGUCACAAACAAUGUCAAUUUGUUGAAUGUUGUUUUCGAAACCAAUCCUCUAGACGGUCUAUGCAACCAAAGAGUGAAAGUCUCCGCACGUCCUUUACAAAUAAUAUACGAUGCACAAACUGUCAUAGAAAUUGUGAAUGUUUUCAAACCAGAAACCGAAUCUUCUGCGUUGACAACGUUACAAGCUGUUGCAGAAAACAAACUGUCGGAUCUCAAAGAGAAGUCUGCAUUGGGUAUGCAGUAUGCUGUCCAUCACCACACAUUUAUAGACCUUGACAUUGAUAUCGCCGCUUCAUAUAUUAUAGUUCCCAAAACUGGUAUCUACAAUGAGGGUGGAGCUUGUGUGGUCGUCAAACUCGGUGCCAUAAAAGUGAAGUCUGAGCCUCGUUCCCAGGCGUUAGACGUCCACAAAUUGUACAAGGAGGGGUUGGCCGAUGAAGAUAUACUAAGAGAGAUAGCACGUCACAGCUAUGAUAAAAUGGCUCUUGAACUUACUAAAAUGCAGAUAGUUAUUGCACAUGCCGAUGAGGACUGGCAGUCGGCGAUAUCAUCCACAAACGAUGAAGGCACGCCCCUACAUUUACUUCAACCCACCAACUUAGUUAUACAGAUACAUAAGUGUCUGAUCACUGACGACCCCCGCUUGCCCAAGGUCAGGGUCAUAGGAGAGUUGCAGAAGAUUGCCAUCAGUGUUUCCGAAGAUAGAUUAUUGGCAUUAUGCGAAAUAUUAGUAAGCAUGCCUCUACCAAAAUCAGAUGAAGCUACGCAACUAAAGCAAAGUGAAUCGAAAGCGUCAAGUUUGUCGCUACUGAAAUAUUUGGAUCCUAUGGAGAAACAGAAGCGUGAGGCGGCUCGCGCUAAAGAGAAGAAGAAGAAAGAUGAACAUACUGUGCAAAUGACUGAAGUUGAAGCUUUCUUUAUUAUGAAAGAAUUAAUUCUCAGUAUCAACAGAAAGAAAACAGAUGCGUCGACUGGCUACGACAAAUUCUUAGUCUUUUCGCUAGCGCUGUUAGAAAUGACUGCUGUACAGAAGACAUUUACACUAGAAACCAUAAUCCGUUUGGGAUCUGUAAAGUUACAGCAUCAUAGAGUUGGGUAUGGACUGUCAGUCUUAGAUAUCAUUGAGACACCCGAAGUCGUGAUAAAAGAUCAGUGUAUUGAAAAUGUUGCAAUCGAUAAAGUACACACACAGUAUCAAAAUCGAUACCUCUUCACUGUCACAUAUAGAAAUGUUGAUAAAAAGUGUCCAGAUUUUAGAGGCAUUUAUGGUUCCGUAGAACAAAUGAUUGAGUUGGAUUUCACUAAUUUGAGAGUUCUACUACAUCUUGAAGGCUUGCGCGAGAUCCUUGUGAUCGUAAAUGAAUAUCAGACUCGAAUGCAAGCUAUUCAGAGUACAGUUGAUAGAACAGCUAAUGCUGGACCACUGGAAACAAUCAUGGAGGACGAAGAGUUUGUCACGGCUAAGUCUAAAGCUAGUGUAACAAAGCCAUCACGUCAAAAGCAGGUGGAGAGCAUACAAAUGAAAGUCAACUGUAAGAUCGGUGCAAUAGAGAUAGUUUUCGCUACGGAAAAGCGUCCUUUAUCCGUGGUACAGUUGCAAGGUGCUGCGGCCGGCCUAGUACUGAAGGCGUCUUACACACAAGUCGAUUGUACCAUUGCAUCUAUUAAAGUAGAAGAUCUCAAUCCUGCGACUGUGCAUAAAGAGAUUCUCAAAGUACUCGGCGGGGACGUGAUGAAUGUACAAAUAGUGAUGUACAAUUUGGACAACUUCCCAAGUGUCAGUGAUGUGAAUAUGUCGAUAGAUUGCCAGGUCAGCUGUUUGCGCAUUAUCUUCCUCAACUGGUUUGUCACCUCUAUGUUGGAAUUCCUGAACAACUUCCAAACUGCCCAACAAGCGAUCAUUGACGCAUCAUCACAAGCCGCAGACGCAGCAAGGGCAAACGUACAAAAUGCUUACACAAAUUCAACAAAGUUAUCCCUUAAAGUACGCCUAGCUGCUCCUAUCAUUAUUGUGCCAGAAAACUCCAGGAGUAAUAACGCAAUGCUCAUAGAUUUGGGUGUAAUAACUAUAAACAACAAGUUCGUGGACCUGAAUGUCGUUGAUGUCAGCAACAAAGUAACAGUGGACGAGUUAACUCUUGAACUUGAAGAUAUGAAAGUGUCGUGUGUAAAGCUCGAAGAUAAUUACAAAGACGCUAUACAAGAAAGGAAGUUGCUGCGGCCGACCAGUUUCAAACUUUUAGUUAAACGUAGCCUUUCAAUCUGGUAUGAAUCAUUGCCAGACUUGGAUAUUUCAGGCAGGAUGAAAACCAUUGCCAUCACAGUAGGUCAUAGCGAUUACAAGAGUAUUAUGAAAAUAAUUAACCAAAAUCUGCAAGAAGGUGCAAAGGCCGAAGAUAAAGCCGCUGCAGGACUAGCUAAAACUGCAUCGAAGGCUACUGUGAGACCGAGUAAAACACAAUCCAAGUCUGUGGCUGCCGUCAUAUCGUCCAAGGAGAAUAUAGUAAAAAAACCUAGAACUACUAUUAAGUUCUCUUUCACUAUGGACAGCUUCGUCAUAGAUCUACUUAAUACCAUUUCUCCUGUACAAGACGGAGAAUAUUCAAUGUUCUCCCAAGACGUGGAUCUUGCGCGUUUCUGUAUGGCACUGCUCUCAGUGAAAGGCAGAAUGCUAUCAGAUGGUUCUAUGCAAACCUCUGUGUUACUUGUUGAUUGUACGCUCGAUGACACACGACCAGGCAGAGGGAGUAAGCUGACCAGAUACCUAGAAAGACGUCGGUCCCACAGAUCCGACUCUAUUACUGGUAACGACAGUGCGAUGGAGGCGCCAGACAAGAUACGCAGCAUGAUCGACGUCACCUACACAAUGAAGAAUAAUGAUACAUUCAUUGACAUGAGAAUCUUCAGUUUUGAUCUCAUAUUGGCUAUGGAUUUCCUGAAUAAGAUCGCGGAGUUUAUGACGACCGGAAUGGCGGACGAUGGAGAGAAACCGAAGGAUGAGGCAGCAGCCCCGCGAAUGCCUGAUAAAUCUAUUGAUGUUGUAGCGAAGAGGAAAUCUACAGCAGUAUCGACUGCAGUAGCCGAACCACCAGUACUAUCGAUGAUGACAGUCAAUAUAAAGAUUGAACAACCAGAUAUUAUUCUCGUGGAAUCCCUGGAAAUGAAACAUUGUGAAGCUUUGGUGUUGAAUAUGGAGGCACGGUUCAAGCUGAGGCGCAGUGUGGAGCGUAUGGUGGCCGACGGAGGGAUAUCCGGGCUACAGAUGGUGGUGCGGACGCUGGGCGCCGACGGGCGGGGCCUGCAGCCGCCGGCGGGCGCGGGCGCGGGCCCGCGGUACUUGCUGGCGCCCACGCAUCUGUCGCUGGCACUGUCGCAGCCGCCCUGCAGCGGGAUGCACAUAGACCUCGCCAUCACUGACAUCAAGAUCACCGUGUCGCCUGAUAUCAUAGCCCUGCUAAAUCGUGUGUUGGCAACUAUGACAAGCAGUGACGAAAAUAACCAAGUAGAAGAAAGCCAGGCAAUAUUCUACGAUCAUCUGUGGGCCAUUCAACCUUUCAAUCCUAAUUCUUAUUGGUUCUUAAAAACAGAAAAAGCAGUGGAAGCGAUCGACGCUGAGGACGACUCAUAUGUAGAGAUGGACGCCAAUCCUCCAAUUGGGGAGAUUUGUUUGUUGUCCUGUCCAUCGAUCAUCACUUCCUUUGAAAUGGAGAUCGGUAAUGAGACUAUACCUGUGCUGGUCAUGCAAGCUUCUCUCACUGGACAAGUCAAAGAUUGGAGCUCGGAUUUCUACGCCGAGUCGACAUGGGCAAUGCAAGUGUCGUACUAUAACAUUCAACGCGCAGUGUGGGAGCCACUUAUAGAACCUGUGGAAGUGCUCAAAGAUUACCAAUAUAAACACGUGCCUUGGGAACUUAAAAUGGAGGUAGUGAUGCACGCACAAGAGGCGCCAACAAUAAUAGAUACGACGGAUGAAGCUGCUAACUUGCAAGCUGUGGCCCAGAGACAAGCUCGUAAGACUGUCACCUUGUCCAGUAGUGAACCACUCGAGAUCACCAUUACUAGGACUGGCAUGGAGGUAUUGACUUUACUAGGAAACUCAUUUUCUGCCGCUGGGGAAACGUCUCCCGAGGGGACAACCACUUCAAAGUCUAAAGUCGAUCCGUUUACAAAGACCUUCCUCGGGGCCCCUUACGUUCUACACAACUGCACCGGUCUCACGGCUAAGUUGAUGUUGAAAGAAAACCACGACUUCACUGUUUGUCUUACUGAAGAAUAUGUUUCCUCGGACUACAGGGAAGUGGUUUUGGAACCGGGCGCUUGUGUGCCAUUGCAGCUUAAACAUGGCGGAUUGAAUUUGAUGAAACUGAACGAACCACCACCUCCACUCAAAUUAAGUGUUAAGAUUGUGGAAAUAGAAGACGAGGUGCAGAUCCCCGUAGACCGUGCAGACAAGCGUUACUUCCCUCUAGGUCGCAAGCUGUCUGGCAAUGCGAGUGAGAAGAAUGUCCCGCACGUGGCCGCCAUAGAGCCGCGCGGACUCAUCUCUGAUGUCGUCAUGCAGGACGCCGCGCUGCAUAUCUAUCUUAGAAGUGUUGUACAGGUUACAAACACAUUGUCAGUGAACGUAUCAGUAUACUACAUGACACUGAGUGGUAACGAGGUGCGUCUACUGGGCGAGGUGAAGCCGGGGGAAAUCAUACGACUACCACUGCAGGCAGUGCAUACGCCCACUGCUGAGCUAUUCUUUUCUGUUGAAGGUUUCACAGUAUCAGUAUCACCAUUCAUCUGGCGUGAACUGCAACAAGAAGUUAAUAUAUCCAGACUACUGCAGUGUGAUUCUAAAGAUAAGAAUAGUGGAGAGAAGUUCUAUAUAAAGGCGGUCGGCACAAUGGAGCAAGUAUUCUACGAGCACACAACCCGCCAUACAUUCGCGUCCUCUUGCUACGACAUUGUACUCAAACCUGCCGUCAAACUACAGAACUGUCUGCCAGUUGAGAUCGUGAUCUCACAACUUGGAUUGAAGAGAACUCAAGUGUUCCGUCCUGGAGAGAUGUUCCAUUUGUCUCAUUUAUCGCCGAAUAGAGCGUCUAUUGUUAUUAUGAUCCAAAACUAUCUUGACAAAUGUUGGGUAUGUACGAAAAAUCUUCCGGAAAGUGAUACUGAGCUGUCAGUAUGGUCGUUUGAAUCUCACGACAGUCCGUCAGUAAUGACGUUAGACUUGGGUAUGCAUAGUGUGGAUUUGGAGGGCACACAAGUCUUGUCACUGUAUUGUCCUUUCUGGAUGCUCAACAAAACAGGAUUCACUUUAUGCUACAGGAUUAAAUAUUCACGUUGCAGUAAAUUUAUUAGACGCCAUACGUCUUGUUUGCCGAAUGUGGACGAAACUGGUAACGUGAUAUUCCAUCCUAAAGAAUAUAAGGAACCGAUACUGUUCUCAUUCCGUGCAAAGAAUUUCUUCGGCAAGAAGAAAGCUGCUAUUCGCGUUGAAUUUGGUGAAUGGUCCGAUAAGUUCUCGCUUGAUGUUCCUGGAAGCUCCGGUGUUGUACUAUGCAAGCACGAGGGCAGGACGUAUCAGGUGGCAGUUACAAAUCAACUUACAUUCAACAGUUUGACUAAAAUGGUGAUAUUUACGCCAUAUUUCUUGAUCAUCAAUGAGGCGCCUUUUGAUAUCCAAUAUCAAGAGCUACAUAGAUCUGGUGACCCUUGGACUACGGUGGCACAAAACUCAAGCGCUCCAUUGUGGCCUGUUAUAGAAAAAGAAGACAAACUAUUGUUAUUGCGCGUCGCUUGCUCCCCAGUACAUGCUGCUCCAUUCUUAUACACCGAACAGCAUUCAGUCUGCUUGAAGCUGGACAAUGAAUUUGGCGGUCUACACGUCGAAGUACAACUGAGUGAAGGCGGCACUUACAUCACAGUGCGACAGUACCGCGACGGACACGCACCUGCCUUACUCGUCAACUAUACACCGCACAAUAUCACUGUCUACGAGAAGGAGAACGUUAAUGUUAAGUUUUUAAAAUCAAUGCAUAAAAUGUUGUACACAUGGGAUAACCCAGCUGGACCGCGCGUUCUAAUAUUUGAAAGUCACAAGAAGAGAGAGAUUGAAAACGACUUGAGGAAAGACGGUCUUGGACAUUUCAUGAUCAAUGAUCACACCAAGAUACAUUGGGUCUCGUUCCUGGACGGAUUGCAGCGCGUGAUACUAUUCACAGACGACAUCAUUCUAGCCAGCAAUGCAUAUACUGUUGGUGAAGCGGAAUCCGUGGACACUGAACUAGUAUUGUCCAUGCAAGGCAUUGGACUGUCCUUGGUAAACGACCCAGAACAACUCGAAAUUGUCUACAUCAGUAUAUCCAAUUCUGGUAUAAUAUGGGAACAGUGCAAACCCGGUGCACGCCGCUACAAAAAAAUCGAAGGAACAAAAGUAUUGCAAUUAGAAGAGUGCUACCAAAGAUAUAUAUCUGAAAAGAUGGUUAACGACGAGCCUGUGGUCCCUCGUGUCUUUAUUGAUGAGAAAGUUGAGGUGGACUUCGAGGAGCUGCGGCAGCUGAAGCCGGCGGUGCGCAUCCUGCGGCGCACGCUGCAGCCGGGGCUGUGGGCGUCGUACGGGCUCACGGCGCACUCGCGGCGCCUGCACGCGCGCCUGCACCGCCUGCAGAUCGACCAGCAACUGCCGCUGCCCACCUUCCCCGUCGUGCUCGCCCCCGUCCCCCCGCCCCGCUCCAUCACCAACGAAGAUCCCAGCGCCCGAGGUAUGAAGCCGUUCAUUGAAGUGUCGAUAGUGGAACGAUUGAUGGAACACAGCAAAGUGCGGCAAUACAAGUACUAUAAGGUGUUGAUACAAGAGUUCCAUGUUAAGGUCGAUAUGGGACUCGUCAACGCACUCAUGGGCAUGUUCCCUCAACGAUUGCUGAAUGAACAGGAAGCGCUGGACGCAUUCCAACUCGAUUUAGAGAAGGCAGGACAACCAUUAGAAGCGUUAGCUGCUUUAGGUGUGGCAUCAGAUCUCAAGAAUUUCUACGACAAUUUACAUUUGUCACCGCUCAAGGUUCAUGUUUCGUUCUCUCUCGGUGGAGCUACUCAACUGCCAACGUUCGUUGGCACAGUUCUCCAGAGCAUUGGCGUAACGUUGACAGAUAUGAACGAUGUAGUUUUCAAAUUGUCCUACUACGAAAGGAACUAUGAGUUCUUAUCUCAGAAGGAAAUGAUUGGUCAAGUUCAGAGCCAUUACACGGGACAAGCACUAAAACAACUGUAUGUGCUUGUACUUGGACUCGAUGUAAUAGGCAACCCCUACGGAUUGGUCGUCGGCUUGAAGAAAGGUGUGGAGGAUCUCUUCUAUGAGCCAUUCCAGGGUGCUAUCCAAGGUCCAGGAGAAUUUGCCGAAGGUUUGUUCCUGGGAGUGAGGUCACUAGUGGGGCACACAGUGGGUGGCGCGGCCGGGGCAGUGUCUAGGAUUACGGGCGCCAUGGGACAUGGACUCGCUGCCUUGUCUCUCGAUAAGGACUACCAACGUCGUCGUCGCGACAAUAUUAACAAGCCACCUGCGAACCUUCAAGAAGGUCUCGCGAGAAGUGGUAAAGGACUCGUCAUGGGCGUGGUAGACGGCGUGACAGGGGUAUUCACGAAGCCUAUAGAGGGCGCUCGUGAGCAGGGAGUGGAAGGGUUCUUCCGGGGACUCGGCCGGGGCGCAGUGGGGCUUGUGGCCAGACCCACUGCCGGCGUCGUGGACUUCGCGUCCGGGUCACUCGAUGCCGUCAAGAGAGCGGCGGAUUUGUCUGAGGAGGUGACCAAACGUCGCCCGGCGCGGUACAUGGCUCCUGACUCGGGAGUCAGGCCAUACUCCAGGCUGCAAGCUGAAGGAUACAAAAUGUUAUUCGAGUUGGAAAAGGGCAAAUACGUCAGCACUGAUAGAUACGAAGCUCACGUGUGGGUGAUCCCUGGCAAGGAGGUGGUCAUGUGCACAGACAAACGGAUGUUAUACAUUGAGAAGAAUAAUGUGUUCGGCGGGUGGCAGAUUGUGUGGUCGUACCUAUGGGCUGAUCUUCCCGAAGUGCCAACAGCGGUGAACAAGGGCGUGUACAUCCCGACUGCGAAGAGGAAGGUGCUCGGAAUGUUCCCGACGUCGGGCUCCGGCAAGGUGAUAUUCCUCUACGACGAACAACAGAAGAAGUACUUGCUCGCGCAGUGCCAGCGCCUCAUGCAAUCACGUUGACAUGAGGCAGUAGAAAGAAUCUCGCCUACCGAGUGGCUGGCACAGUUCUUUCUACUUAUAUUUGAUUCUCGCACCGCAUUGCUUACUUUCGCCUAUCACUUUAACAUGCACCACCUCGGCCCGAAAGGCUUCCGCUAAUCUCUUCCUCUCCGCAGUGAGCAGUGCUUCAUAUGGACUAUAUAUUAUGUUUAGUGUAUCGAUGUUUUGAGAACCGUGUGCUUGCUAUAUUUUUUAUAAUACCUUUUUUACGUGAUGGUGUCAAUGCAAUUGAGUAUGCUGAGUACAAUUGUGGAAUUCAAUAUCAUGGUAAAGACAUUUUUGUAUGUAGUUAGAGUUUUGAUUGAUUUUUACAUAUUUUUACCAGUUAGAUGUGCUAUGAGAGAGACAUUGUAAUUACUUUGGAAUAUCGUUGAACAGAAAUGUUUAUGAACUUUGUGACAGCAACCCAGAUAUUCGUGAUUAUAUAAAUGCUUUUAGUACAAAUCAUUUGUACGACUUUCAAUAUAACUACGUUACGUUAUAUUACCUUUUCCCUUUUUCUGCGACUUUAAAUAUUUUUAAAGUAUUUUCAAUUGUAUUUAAAUAUAUCACUAUGCAUUUACCUAUUUAAGAUUAAAUAUUCUGUAAGUUGUUACAAGAUUUCAGUCUUCCCUCAUGUACCUAUGAUUAUUUAGACUUGUAUUAUUGAGUUUAUAUGCCGUUGAUAUUACAAUUUUUAAAAUUUAUACACAAAAAUAAAUUAACAUGUAAAAAAUCUCGAAUCAUUAACAUCUGUUUGAAAUACUCAGUUCGUCAACAUUUUGGUCAUAGACUUGAAAUGUUGAGGUUCUAUUGGUUAUGUUAUGAUAUACUUUUAUAGACUAUAUGUUACGUUAUUCGCAAUGUGUUGUUAUUGUAAGUUUAAUAUUACGGAGACAAAAUCAGUGAAGUAAGUGUAUUUAUUCUGUAUAUUAUUAUGUUUUCUUAUCGAAGCCUGAUAGUACAAACAUUCAAAGAGUCGAAUUUUUUAUACAUUGCAAUGUUUGUGAAUUAAUGGCAAAGCUAAGAGCCAGAAUGGCUUCAACUGCUGAGGCUUUCCAUACCAGUGCCUUAAGAUCGAUGUUUAGAACGCUGAUAUUUGUUUUUUUUUGCUCUAAAACUCUUUAUUAAUGAUUGCUUUAAGUUUUUAGUUACAUUGGAAAUAGUGUUUAUUUGAAAACUAAGUUAUGUUAGGUUGAGUGCACAAUUUAUAUUUGCUUCGCCGUUGUGCGCUAGCAUUAUCAAUGGCUUCGAGAUGUAAAAUUUUCUUAAUUUUUUAAAUAUGUUUAUUUGUUGAAGCGUUUACGCGUAAUAGGUACGUUUAAUUAGAUCUAAAGUCAACUUUGUUAUUAUUGCCUGUUGCACAAUUUACUUAUUUGGAUUUCGUUUUGUCUUGUUCAAGCUUGUGUAAGAACAUUUUCAAUAUAAACAAUAUACAAUAAAA